GUCCUUGUGUGGUCAAGGCGAAAAAGCAUUCUAUACCAUUAAUGGAAACUGCUUCUGCACCCGGUGCAAAGAGGACUUGCUACUUACUUGUUUGAUAUGGCUAGCCUGCUCAAUUUCUUUGCAGGGGCAACCAGGAAUCCAAAGUGCUUUAAUAUCUCAGGCUCGUGAACCUACCCAGUGGCGUUCUUCCCUACCAUCAGAACCUCUUGCUUGCUUUUACAUCCCCAUCUUGAACGCGGGCAAGAUUUCAACAAAGAAGACAUCACCACCAUGGCAGGGGAUUAUCUCAAGGUUUACAAGGGGUUGGGUUCCAGAAAGAAUGGUUUUUUUGAUGUGGAAGUACGGGACAAUCCUGCAGAACAUAGCGAUCAUAGCCCCAUCACUAACCUGCACAAUUGCAACUAUACUACUGGUGGAGUCACAGUCGCACUAAUGGCCUGGCGAGGGAGUGAAAACACUUCCAUAUCCGAUGAACAAUAUACAUUUCUUACUAGGCUCAGAGACCACCCUAAUGCUUUGGUUGUGGAGAACCACUUCAAGAUCGAAGAUAUAGGAUGUCUUGUGGUGGAGCCAGUGAGGGGGACAUUC